AUGGGAAAGAUCAUGGACCAAGGCCCUGUACUGAUUAUUUCAUUUCAGUCACAGGAAAUUCAUUGCUGGCGUGAUGCUACCGGUCAGGUGAAAGAAGGUGACCCUGAGCGUGUACUCCGAGUGACCCAUUUUUGGGCUCUUUGCCGUGAUCAGGAAGAGUUGAAUCCCUGGACUGCAUGGCGCCUCCUAGAAAUCGCGAAUAGCCCAACAGAGCAAUGGCUAUAA